AUGGAAGGCGGCAAGAUCAGACCGAGCCACAACAGCAGCGGGAAAACACUGGCCAUGGGGAAUAACCUCAGAUGGUAUGCGCGCACAACCGAGCUCAACAACAGCAUGACGGCCGGGAUGCAUGUCUUCAACAGGACGUCCAGCGCACAGGCUACAACGACAGGGCCGCCCCGUCCCCUCCACGGAGAAGGACCUGGCCACAGAGGUGAACCUGUGGAUGCUGUACGAGAAGUGACGCGGUGUGCACUGUCCUGGGACCUCAAGGAGAAGAAGGCCAAGUUUGAGGUGUUCAAGAAGAACACCAUGUAUGUGCACAAGUUCAACACGCGCAAGGACAAGCCGUACAAGCUUGGCCUCAACAGGUUCGACAAGUUCAAGAAGAAGUACACCGGCGCCAAACCCAUUGAUUGCGAUGCCACCAAGCACAAGAUGGCCACCGCCGCCUCCACCAAGGUCGCCGACGGGAGUUGCUGGGCCUUCUCGGGCACAGAGUCCGUGGAGAGCAACGCCAUCGUGACCGGGAGCCUCUUGUCGCUGUCCGAGCAGCAGAUACUCUACUGCUCCGGCGCCGGCAACUGUGAAUAUGGCGGUCAGUCCUGCGUGUUCGAGCACGCCAUGCAGACCGGCAUUGCCUUGGACUGCAACUACCCACCCUACGAAGCCAUGGACGACCAGUGCAGGAUCGACUACCUCUAUGGAUGCAGAAUUGCAGAGCAAGACCCGAUGGUGAAGAUCGAUGAGUCCGAGGAGAUGCCGGCGUACAAGGAGAAGGCGCUCAAGUACAGGGUGUACCUUCAGCCUAUGUCCGUCCACAUCGAGGCGAGCUACGACCGGACGCUGUACCAGGAGGGGGUCUUCGCCGGCGCUGCGGUACGUAUCUGGGCCACGCGGUGGUGGCGGUCGGCUACGGCGUGA